AGCAGUAGCAAGCCAUGGCCAGCGCAAUGUUGCUCCCUGUGAUCCUUUCCUUCCUCGUCUUGCCCUUCUCCGCCAUGGCCCUAACUCAGGACUUCUGCGUCGCCGACCUGCCCCGUGGCGACACGCCGGCGGGAUACCCAUGCAAGGCCCACGUCAGUGCCGACGACUUCUGCUACAAUGGCCUUGCCCUCGCCGGCAACACCAACAACGUCUUCAGGGCCACUGUCACGCCGGCCACCGUCAGUCAGUUCCCCGGGGUCAACGGCCUGGGCAUCUCAGCCGCCAGGGUCGAUAUAGCCGUGGGAGGCGCCGUACCGCUGCACACCCACCCGGCCGCCACCGAGCUCAUCUUCGUUACGCAGGGCACCAUCGUCGCCGCAUUCAUCAGCUCCGACUCCAACACCGUCUACAGCAAGACGCUCCACAAGGGCGACAUCAUGGUCUUCCCCCAAGGCCUGCUCCACUACCAGUACAACAUUGGCGUCACGCCCGCCGUCUUGCUCGUCGCCUUCAGCGGUCCCAACCCCGGUCUGCAGAUCACCGUCUUGGCGCUCUUCGCCAACAACAUUCCCUCCGACGUCCUCCCGAAGCUGACCUUCUUGGACGCCAUGCAGAUCAUGAAGUAUAAGUCCAUGUUCAAUGGCACCGCAUAA